UUUUCGCUGUUAUGGCGACGAUCGGGAGAUGUCGGUUGCCUGGGCCAAGGUUAGCCUAGCGGUUUUUUUCGCCCAGUGGAGGCAGCCCGGCCAACUCCAGUCCUGUAGGCCCUCCUAGCGCCGCCCAGCUCGCUUCUUCCCGCUUACAAGAGCCGGCGCUCGCUAUUUUUUCUUCCCUUCCUCCCUUCUCUCCUUCUCUUCUUCCCAUCACAUCCGGUGUCUUGUCUCUCACUCGACACACUCUUUCCCUCUCCUCUCUUUCAUCUUUCUAGUUUGCGUGCGUCGCAGCUGUCAAGAUGGCCAAGGGUGAAGUUAACCAGGCGGAGAAGUCCGUCCUCGGCAUGCCGGGAUUCGUCGUCGACUUCCUGAUGGGUGGUGUUUCCGCCGCCGUCUCGAAGACCGCUGCCGCCCCCAUUGAGCGUAUCAAGCUCCUGAUCCAGAACCAGGAUGAGAUGCUUAAGGCUGGUCGUCUCGACCGCAAGUACGACGGUAUCAUGGACUGCUUCCGCCGUACUGCUGCCUCUGAGGGUGUCAUGUCCCUGUGGAGAGGUAACACUGCCAACGUCAUCCGUUACUUCCCUACCCAGGCCCUGAACUUCGCUUUCCGUGACACCUACAAGUCGAUGUUCGCCUUCAAGAAGGACCGUGAUGGAUACUGGAAGUGGAUGGCCGGUAACCUGGCCUCCGGUGGUGCUGCUGGUGCCACUUCCCUCCUGUUCGUCUACUCUCUCGACUACGCCCGUACCCGUCUGGCCAACGACGCCAAGUCCGCCAAGGGUACUGGUGAGCGUCAGUUCAACGGUCUCGUCGACGUCUACAAGAAGACCCUCGCUUCCGACGGUAUUGCCGGUCUCUACCGUGGUUUCGGUCCUUCCGUUCUGGGUAUCGUUGUCUACCGUGGUCUGUACUUCGGCAUGUACGACUCUAUCAAGCCUGUUCUCCUGGUUGGUCCUCUUGAGGGCUCCUUCCUCGCUUCCUUCCUGCUCGGCUGGACUGUCACCACUGGUGCCGGUAUUGCUUCUUACCCUCUGGACACUAUCCGUCGUCGUAUGAUGAUGACCUCUGGUGAGGCCGUCAAGUACAGCUCUUCCCUCGAUGCCGCCCGCCAGAUCGCCGCCAAGGAGGGUGUCAAGUCCUUCUUCAAGGGUGCUGGUGCUAACAUCCUCCGUGGUGUUGCCGGUGCUGGUGUCCUGUCUAUCUACGACCAGGUUCAGCUCCUGCUCUUCGGCAAGAAGUUCAAGGGUGGCUCUGGCUAAACAGUUUCUCUCAUCGAGUCUGUUUAUGUUAAGACCCCCAGUUUGGGGAAAGGGGAUGAUCAUCGCCUGAUCUAAUUUAUGUAUGGUUAAGCGGUGACUGGAGGUGUCCAAGAUAGAGAUGUGCAUCAAGGUGGUUACGGUCAUUCUUGACGCAUAAAGCAGUGUGGCUUUUCCUUUGGACCCGUUGUACUUUACUGCCUGCAAGCUUUUUUCUCCGUCUGUACUUCCAUGGUAUGCAAUAAAUUUGCUCACUUGUUUUGGGGAAU